UUUUUUUUUACGGAAAAAUCCACUUGCUUCUCAAUCACAAUGUUCCAUUCUUCCUUUAUCAUAUAAUAACGAACCCCUUGCUAUUUCAGAAUUCGCAAUAAGCAGUUACGAGCUGCAGCGAAGCCAGUUAGUGAUGCCGGCCAUCUCGAAAGAAGAGCUAUGUCAUCAGCACCGAAGCAGAAUGCGGCGAGGAAAAGAGGCCCCUGGGGAGAAGACUAUCUUAUGACGAACCCGAAAUCGGCUUUGGUUCAUGCGGAUCUUGUUCGACUGUUCUCUAACCCCAAGGCAUGGGAAUGUCUAGAAGAAGACGAGAAACGAGAGCUCCUCUCUCGAUUACCGGCACAUAUCCACCCAAAUCCUGAUCCGGACCCAGACGAUCCAGAGUCAAAAAUUCCACCUCUCCCCGAGAGCUUUCUGCGCUAUGAUAACAACUGGCGUGCUGCAUUGCGCAACUUUCAAUCCGACCUCGAGUCCGGCAGGUACAAACCCGAUUGGCAGAAACAAGCCAAACAGGCAGUUCAGGAACGAGCUCAGGGUAAGUUCGACGAUUACAAGGAGCGGGAAUUCGAGCAAUUUUGGGGUCAGAAACAGAAGAUUAAUCAUGGUCUGAUUGCGGGGGAGAGUUCGAAAGUUAAACUGGAGACUUUGAUUGCUCAUGGCGUCGUGCGGGUAGGGGAUGUUUGGAAGUAUUGUCGUGUGUUUGGUGCGAAGAAAUCGGGUAUUGUUGUCGAGAAGGAGGCUAAGAUUACGGCUAUUGAUGGUGCAAAACUCAGUUUCUUGGUGCCGACUGGACAGAGGGUCUUCUUGAGCGCUGUCGGUGAAAAGACCGAAGACGAGAAGAUCGAGAAUGGACCAUUCGAAGACUCCAAGGCUGAAGGUGAGAAAAUGGAAAUUGAUGACAAUCAGGACGGGAAGAUAGAAGACGACAAGAACGAAGAAAAGAUGAACGGCAAGUUGAAAGAAGAAUUCAAAGACGAUACACAAAUGGAUAUCGAUCCGAGUCCGGCUCUACAAUUGAAUGAUCAUACGUUAUCAGAAGCCCCCGAUCAACCCAUACAAGAUGAGUCUGGUACCCGUUAUAAUCUUAUGGGACUUUUUGACCAUGCCCGCCAAUCAACUCCAGGAAUCACCACCAACGACAACAAAGAUGACAUUGCGAAUGGUGAGAAAGAUGACAUAGUGUCCAAAGAGGCAACAUCAACCGCCCAACAACUAACGUCACCACAAGCUCUAGCCGCAAAAAAAGGAACUGGUCGUAAACGAGGACGUCCUCCAAAGCGGAAAGCGCCUCACGAUGAGGUCGCUCAGGAAUGGGCUACUGAAACUGCCGUAGCUGCAGAAGUCCCCGAAACCACCGAAACCACCGAAGCAGGAACCCCUGGGCAUCCUGACACGAGUCUGAAGAUCACAGAUAACGACACCAAUUCAGACCGGAUUCCAGAGUCGACGUCUGAAAAGGAGCAGGAGAACGCCAGCUUGGCUACUCCGACAGAGGCGGAUCCUCCUAGAUCCUCGACAUCUCCAAAAGCGGAUCCAGAAACAGCACCAUGCAGUGCUACCCCCCCUGCACCUCUUGAAGCAGAGAUCCACAACAUUGCAGGACCUAAUGCCCUAAUGAAGAAAAUUCUUGAGAUUGACGGUCGUAUCAAAAAUCCUCCCAAUGGAAAUGCUUGGAAGGAGAUUCGCUGUUACAGGGAUAAUCAGGAUAUGGGCAGUUUAUGGGAGGUUCGGCAGGCUUGGUAUGUCAAGUACCAGCAGGAAUGAUUCUCUACAAGAUGGAGAAUUUGGAGGUUAAGCAUUUAGAGCAACCUAGAAUUCAUUUUUGGGUAAUCUGAUUUUUGAUGGCGUCUUUGAUUCAGAUCGGAGUUUAGUUGAUACCAGUUUCCUAGAAUUGUUACAUUUUUGUCUCUUUCUUUUGCGUGCAAUCGAAAUUAUUGAUAGAACGUGGCAUUAGACCCUCAAAAAUCUACAUGAUAUCCGCAUUAAACUCCUCCUCAGCAGUACUUUCAUGAAUAUUAACCGAGUAACUAGACUGCACAAAAUCCUCCAAUUCCUCACUAACAGUCUUCAACUUCUCCUUGACAGCAGCUACUCCUUCCUGUCCAAUAAUAUGUCGUGAAGGCGGAUUCUCAUGUCCACCUAUUGCUGUAAUUGCAUGCACCGUCUCCAGUGUAAGGGCUUCAAGGUGCGCGGCACUGAAUGGUGCAUACAUAGUCACGACUUCCUGUAAGGAUGAAAAAGGGCCCAGUUUUUCUGCGUUCUCGGAGUUGGAGUUGGGGCUUGUUAUUGCUAUUGUUGCUGGUGUUUCGCUGCUGGUAAUACUUUCGGAUGCUACUGAUGCUUGUGGUAAUCGUGAAACGAGACCGUCUAGUAUAUUUCGGAAAAGUGGUGCAUUGUUUUCCGAGGCGGAGUAUGCUGGGAGGAUUGGAGGUACACUGCUGAUGAGGUUUGUGAGAAUGCAGAUUUCCA